AUGUUUCUGUCUGCCUUCAGUCCCGCCACGUCACUAGCACCUCUACCCGAUGACGAAGGAGAAGAGAUCGAUGGUUAUAAACUUGGUGGCAUCAUUGGCUACGGGGGCUUCUCUUCUAUCAGGCGCGCUAACGAUUCAUCAGGCAGCACAGUUGCUGUCAAGAUUGUUAGACGCUCUGACCUUUCGAAGUCCAACAACCCCUCUUUGGCCCGGAAGAGGCUGAACAAUGAAGCUGCCAUCUGGGAAACUUUGUCGCACGAGCAUAUCCUUCCGCUCUUCCAUUCGGCACACACGCCGUAUGCUGACUUCUUUGUCAUGCUCUAUUGCCCUGCAGGUUCUCUUUAUGAUAUCCUGAAGCGUGACGGGCGGCCGGCGCUCCCUCACGACGACGCGGGAAUGAUGUUCAGACAGGUAGUGCGAGGGUUACGGUACUUGCACGAUGUGAUGGGACUUGUGCAUGGCGACAUCAAAUUAGAGAAUGUGCUCGUCGAUGAAAUGGGUGUAUGCAGAAUAGGAGAUUUCGGAAUGGCGAGGAAGAUUGGCGAGGUGGAUGAGAAUGAGCAGGAGCUUGUGCGUCGACAGCGAUCGGUCAAUAGAGAACGGAGCCCUGCACGGAUCAUUCAUUCAAAGCGACAGCUCAAGACUACCUUGCCUGUUCAUCUCUCGCUUAUGCGCCAUCACAGCGGUCCUCGUCAUCGUAACUCAUCCCCGCUUCCUUCUUCGCAAACUGUUCCUCCUUCGCAUGCCGCCUACGAAUUUCAACCAGGUUCUCUGCCGUAUGCAUCACCUGAAUUGUUACUCCCAUCAUCGGUUUCUCAUCCCUACGAACCGCACCCCGCGCAAGAUAUUUGGGCAUUGGGUGUGAUGCUUUUUGCGCUUUUCACCGGGCGCCUGCCAUUCAUGGAUUCUUUCGAACCGAGGUUGCAAAUGAAGAUCUUACAUGGGGUGUUCGAUAUGCCUGCAGGCAUUGGCCGCGGAGCUGAGCUUGUCCUGCAAGGUUGCCUCGAACGUUCUGUAGCACACCGUUGGGAUAUCGCCGCUGUCGAUGAAGUGGGGUGGAGUGUCGGCUCCGGGCCGCAAGAAGAAGAAUCAGCGGCAGACAAA